AAUAAAAUCAGGGGCUGAAGCUAUAAGAUUUGACUUUUUUAAAUCAUCCCUUUUUUUCUUUUUUUUUUUUCUAUUUUGAAUAUGUUAUCAUCUACACCACUGAAAUAUAUGCCAAAUCAUCAGCAACUAUAUAGUAUUUCAAAUACUCAACAAUCAUCUAUGCAAACAUCAGUAGACAAGGACUCUAUACUUCUUGAACCAUUCCAUUAUUUAUGUGCUCAUCCUGGUAAAGAUGUCAGAUCCAAAAUGAUUGAAGCUUUUGAUCUUUGGCUUAAAGUUCCAGAAAAGGAUCUUAAAGUGAUUACUCGAGUGAUCGAAAUGUUACAUAGUGCAAGUUUAUUGAUUGAUGAUGUUGAAGAUGAUUCAGUUUUAAGACGAGGAGUACCGGCUGCGCAUCAUCUCUAUGGAAUUCCACAAACGAUUAACUGCGCCAAUUAUGUUUAUUUUUUGGCUUUACAAGAAAUCAAUACGCUUAAUAAUCCAACCAUGGUGACUAUCUAUACAGAAGAAUUGAUCAAUCUACACCGUGGGCAAGGUAUGGAAUUAUUUUGGAGAGAUACAUUGACUUGUCCUACAGAAGAAGAAUUCUUGGAAAUGGUGGACAAUAAGACUGGAGGACUUUUACGAUUGGCGGUGAAAUUGAUGCAAGCAGCCAGUGCAUCUGAAACAGAUUAUACAGCUUUGGUUAGCAAGAUCGGCAUUCAUUUCCAAGUACGUGAUGAUUAUAUGAAUUUACAAUCCAAAACAUAUGCAGAUAACAAAGGAUUUUGUGAAGAUUUAACUGAAGGCAAAUUCAGUUUUCCCAUCAUUCAUUCUAUUCGAUCUGAUCCAAGCAAUCGUCAACUUUUGAAUAUCCUCAAACAACGUAGUCAAUCUGUCGAACUCAAGCAAUUCGCUUUACAACUAUUGGAAAAAACCAACACCUUUGAUUAUUGUCGCCAAUUUUUAUCAAAGAUGGAAAAGGAAGCUCGUGAUGACAUUCAAUCAUUGGGAGGAAAUCCCAUGUUGGAAAAAAUCAUGAAUAUGUUAUCUGUACCAGUAUAGAAAGGAUGAUUAAAGUUGACAUUCUUCUCUAUAAUUAGUUUCUUUUUUUUUUUAGUUACAUCUUGUUAUGAUUUAUGAAAUAAAAUACGAUCUUUUUUUUUUUUUGUUUUGAAA